CGCACGUCCCGCCCACCGGCACAAAAUGGCGGAACAGGAGCACAGCUGAAAGCGCGAGAAGGGGCUGAGGGAAGGAGUGUGGAAUCACAUAAUACAAUCAUUCGGCAUUCAAUAGGGGAAAUCAGACUGUAACCUUCGAAAGGCCUUACCAGCACCGAGCGACCGGCUUGUCGACAAGGGCAGAUUCACCUACCGCAGCCAGUAGCAACAUAAUGGCAAAGAGAACUGCAGACAAAGAACUAACUGACCGAAAUUGGGACCAGGAAGAAGAAUCUGAAGAGGCAGGUACUUUCUCGGUUGCAAGUGAAGAUGUGCUGAAAAACAGAGCUAUCAAAAAAGCAAAACGUAGAAAUGUUCUCACGGAGUCUGAUGGUGGUGGAGUUUUCAAAGGAUUCUCUGGUCUUACUUCAACUGGAAGUACUGGUUUUGGAGGAUUUGGAAAUGGAUCUGGCUUCAAGCCUUUGCAAGGAUUAUCCAAUGGAAGCAAUGCAUCAUCGUCCUCUUCAACAUCUGCCCUUAGUUGUGCUACUGAUGUAAAUGAUGCAGUGGGGUCUUCUCUGUCUAACGGUCCUCCAUCAAACCCCUUGGCGAAAGGUGAAGUAGGCACAAAAACAAACGGUAUUAAUCAACUUAGCACUCGGAGCAAACUGGGAUGUAAUGAAUACAAUAAACAACUAGCAGCACUAAAUUGUUCUGUCCGGGAUUGGAUCACUAAACAUGUCAAUGAGAAUCCGCUCUGUGAUUUGACUCCAAUCUUCAGGGACUAUGAGAAGCAUUUGACGAGCAUUGAACAGAAGUAUGGCAGCAGCUCUGAUAGCGGUUCAGAGAGUGACACAAGCAGCAAGAGGUCAGAAACGCAAUCUGGUAACACAUUUGGUGUUUCCAAAACAUCACCAGAGUCAACCCCACCACCUAUCUUUUCAUCUGUCAAAAACAACGAUAUUAUUCCACUCACUUCAGAAAUGAAACCCGAGACUACGAUAGGAAAUAAUGGGAAUAGCAGCUUCCUCUUUGGGAAGACCGUGGAAAAGCCAUCUUUGACUGGCUUUUCUUUCAGUAGUGGUACCUCAUGCUCAUUAUUUGGGAAAGAUCUAAACCAAGAAAAGUCUGGAGCUCCAACGUUUUCCUUCACAGCAUCUGUAGGAAAACCAGAAGAAAUAAACAGCAGUGAGCAUAAAGGUGAAAAAGAUGAAGAGAAUGAAGAACCUCCCAAACCGAUUGUGAAUGAAAUCAAAGAAGAUGAUGCAAUCUUUUCCAAGAAGUGUAAACUGUUCUACAAGAAAGAUGGGGAUUUCAAAGAGAAGGGAAUUGGUACAAUCCAUUUGAAACCUGUGACAGAUCAAAAGAUCCAAUUGUUGGUGCGAGCAGAUACAAAUCUUGUGUGGCUCUGAAGGUUAUUCAAAAUUGCUUUGUUUGAAGAUCUUGUAAGUUGCAUAUUUCAGAUCUGAAUUUUAAAAUGUGCAUUAUGGCCUGUAUUCACCUUGAUGGGGGUUAUCUUCAAAAUCAGUAAUGAGGCUAAUAUAGAUCAAAUCUAAUAAUUGAACUUGGAGUAAUUUGAGUUUUUGUUUUUACCUUGACCAGUAUUUGACUAUGAAUACACAGUAUAUAUCAGUUAGUUACAGAGCUAUAUAUCUUAAAUCCCAGAAUGUCAAAGUUUUUUGAGCUGGCCUUGGAGCCACUGUCCUGAUCAUAAAGCUAUUUUGAUCUGUGUUGCUGAUCAUGGGAAACCUUUUGUCAGCAAUGUGGAUUUAAGCAGUUGCCUUACAUUUAAGUAUUCUUUGGAUUAUUUAAACUUGUCAGUCUUAGUGUUUAAAAAAAACACUAUCUUAGAAUGGUUACAGCACAGGAUAGAUCAUUCAGUCUGUUCCCUCUAAUGCACAUCUUGUUCUCCUGCCAGUCAUUUUGCACUUUUGACUUUUGGUGCCCGACCAUUCCACCACUGGGAACAGUUUCUUUGUAACUACUCUGUCCAGACCCUCCUGGACAUCAAACACCUUGUAUUAAGUCUCAAUUCAAUUCUGUCUAAGGAGAGCAACCAUGUUAUUUCCAAAACAUCCUUUGUAUCUGAAAUGCCUCAUCUCUGGAACCAACCUUGUUAUUUUUUUCUGCCACUUCUGAAUAUCUCAAAUGGCUUUCCUAAAGUGUUGUGUCCAAGAUUAGACACAGUAGUUUGAGCCAGUGUUUUGUAUAGCUUUGUUUUAAAAAGCAAAUACUAAUCAUCAGCAAUUUACAACUUUGUUUUCUGUGAAAGCAGUAGACCACCCUGUGACAUGUUUACCUCAUCAAAUGGUCAUGAAUUGGGUCACAAAUGUGUUUGGAAACAUAGCUAGAAAAUGCCUUCUUUAAUUGCUUUAAAAAAAAAAUACCUGCACCUAGUCGGAUUCAUUUAUUGAUCAGAAGAUGUCGGAGCCCAGAUAGGCCAUCCAUCCCUUUGAGUCUGCUCUACCAUUCAAUGAAAUCAUGACUGAUCUGAUAAUCCCCAUAACCUAUGAUUCCCUUUGAUUUAAAAAUUUAUCUGAACCUUGAAUGUACUUAAUGACAGAGCUUCAAAGAAAUUUGCCAUCUCUUUUUAAAUGUACAGACCUUUAUUCUGAGUGUUAUGCCUUCUGGUUCUAGACUCCCCCAGAAGGGGAAACACACUUUUCCCCAUCUACCCUGCCAGGUCCCUUCAGACCUUGCAUGUUUCAAUAAGGACUAAUUCUUCUUAAUUCCAAAAAAUACACGCUCAAACUAUCCUCUUAAGGCUGCCCCUCCAUACUUGAAAUCAGUCUAGUAAACCUUUUCUGGACUGUUUCCGAUGUCGUUACAUCUUUACUUCAUAAGAGGCCCAAAACAGUUCUUCACAUUACAACUGGUCUGACCUGUGUUUUAGCAAAACCUGCCUACUUCUUUAUUCCAUUCCCUUUGAAAUAAAGGCCAACAUUGCAUUUACCUUGCCUAUUCCCACUGAACUUGAUGCUAGCUUUUUGUGACUCAUGGAAAAGGACCUCCAAAUCCCUCUGUCCUAGCUUUCUGCACUCUUCCUCCGUGUAGUUGUUCGUUUGCUUGCCGAACCGGUUGUUCUGUGGUGUGCAGGUGUUUUGUUACUGUUUUAGGCAACAUCGUGCGAUCUCUAAUCGAAACGUAGGUGUUCUACUCUGUUCCAAAUUUAUAUGACCCUCUGGUCUGAUUUGCCUUGUCACUUCUGGUUUUGUUUUAGCAGCGGUCUUUUUUUGGAAUCUAUUUCUGUGUUUGUUAAUGGAGUCCUGUGUUAUGAACCAGGCUUCUAGAAAUUCCCUUGCAUGUCUGUUGUUCGCUAGUCCCAGUAUGGUCAUUUUGUCCCAGUUGAUCUGAUGGCCCUCAUUGUCUGUAUCGUAUAUCGAGACGAUUUUUUUUUUGACAACCAGGAUACACAAACACCAACUGACAGUAGUUUCCUCCAGUUUGUCCAGUGUAAUGCUUAUUGCACUCACAGCAAUAUUGCAAUCAUGUUAGUCCUGUUUAUUGUUGGUAUGGGGUCUUUAAUUUUUUGAUAGCAUUUGACGCAGUGUGGAUGUAGGUUUGCAUGCAAUUAUCUCAUGCAGUCUUAGAAGUCUGGCUGUCGUUUCUGAUAUUUUUAAUGUAGGGUAGCAUUGCUAGUGUCGUCCGUUGUACUGUGCCUUCUGACUGUCUGUCUGGUUUUUUUUAAGGUAUCUGUGGACAGAACCUCUUGAGUAUCCGUUGUCAGUAAAUUAUUUUGUGCAGGUAUUCCUCCUCCGUUCAUCAGAGGUCUGGGGUGUUGCAGUGUUAUAUAGCUCAUUUAAAUAGUGCCUUAAUGCAGGUCUGUUUGUAUAUGGUGGGUGGUUGGUGGUACUGAAAUUCAAUAUGUGUUAAGACACUGUUUAAAUGAGCUGUAUAACACAGCAACACCCCAGAACUCCAGAGAACGGUAGAGGAACGUCUGCACAUCGGAUACCCAAGAAGUUUUGUCCUCAGAUGCCAACAAAACAAAUUACAGUCAGAGGACACAGUACAAUGAAUGACACUUGCAAUGCUCCCCUACAUUAAAAAUAAUUCAAAUGACAGCCAGACUUCCAAGACCACAUUUAGAUCAUCGUGCACAAACCUAUAUCAACACUGCGUCAAAUGCUACCAAAGUCUAAAGACCUCAUACCGAUAGUAAACAGGACUAACACGAUAUCUCGGCAGUUAGUACAGCAACAUUACGCUGGACAAAUGGGGAGGAAACUGACAACCAGGAUACAGGAACACCAGCUGGCAAUAAAAAGUCACAACCAAUAUUCACUUGCCUUGAUACACGAUACAGACAAUGAGGGCCAUCAGUUCGACUGGGACAAAUGAACAACAGGCCUGCAAGGGAAUUUGUAGAAGACUGGUUCUCAACACAGGAUUCCAUUAAUAAACACGUAGAAGUAGACCCCGUAUACAGGCCACUGAUCUAAAAAACACAUAGAACUGGAAAUGACAAGACCCAUCACAUGAAAGGAUCAUGUAAAUUUGGAAUGGAGCAAAACAGCCAACGCUUCAAAUAGAGGUUGCACUGAUGAUGUUGCCUAGAACGAUAACGAUAACGAAACAUCCGCACACCAUGGAACAACUGGUUCAGCAAGCAAAUGAACAACUACAUUCACAACCUGAACUACAACUUUUCACUAAGACCUCGGCGGGGGAGAAACCCUUCCUCUAUUUGAGUAAUAUUGAGUUCGUCCAUUCUUCCUGACAAAACGUUUUUUUUUCCAACGUUAUAUUCCAUCUGCCAAGUUUUUGCCCAGUUGCUUAACCUGUAUACCUUUGCAGAUACUGUCAUCCUUGCUUCUUGCCUUUCCACCUAUUUUGUGUCCUCUGCAAACUUGGUAUAGUACUUUCACUUUGCUCAUCCAAGUUGUUAAUUGUCAUAUUGUAAAUAAUUGUUGCUCCAGCACUGAUUCCUGAGGGGCUUCACUAGUUACAGGUUGCUAUCCUAAAAAUUGUUUUUUUUUUCCCCAACACACUCAUCUAUUUAGCCAAUUCUCUUUCCAAGCUAUUAUACUACCUCCAAGAACAUUGAUUCUUAUUAAGUUGCCUAAUGUAUGGUAGAAAAUGCCUUCUGAAAAUCCAAAUAUGUUCCAUCCACUGCUUUACCUCCUCUCAGAAUUCUAGUAAAUUUGUCGGGCAUGAAUUAUCCUUCAAGCAGAGUCAGCAUAGCUUCAUGAUCGUAUGUAUUUUUGGAUGUUUUGUUAUGACGUCCUUUAAUACGUCUUCUCAAUAACUGGCGUUAAACUAACUGACCUGUAGUUACCUGCAUUUUGUCUCCUUCCCUUUUUAAUCGAAGGUGUUACAUUUGACAUUUUUCCAAUCCUGAGGUUUUUCCAGAAUCUCAGGAUUGCUUAUACCAAUGCAGCCACUGUCUCUGUGUAGCUAUUUCCUUUUAAUAUCCGAGGAUACAUCCAAUCAACUUGCAGAGACUUGGUCUUUAGCCCCAAAAGUUACCUUUGCACUUUUUCCGUCAAGUGGUAGUUCUUUUGUAUUUUUUUUUUCUUUUGCCCUUGGCUUACUCAGUGUGUUUGGAAUGUUUAGUGUCUUCUAAUGUGAAGACUGAAGCAAAGCAUUUACUCAACUCCUCUCCCAUUUCCUAGUUCCCCCAAUGUUACUUCCCCAAUCUCAUUUUCUCAUUUUCUAAAAUUCUGGCUCACCACCAAUCUUUUUUGCAUUAUUUUUUUCAAUUUGACACUAUCCUUAACCUUCCUAGUUAAUCAUGCUGAGCCGUUGUUAAAAAUUGCAGAUGUGAAUCUCUAGUUCUCAGCAUUAAGUUGCUAUUUUGUGUGUUCAAAACCCAAUUAAUAAAUGAGUAGCAAUAGAGGCUUUAAUGCUAAAGUUAUGCAUAAAAGUGACUAAAUUUUGUUUUAAAUGCUUGUGUUUAUAUUUGUCUCUCAAAGUUGUAGUAGCCAAAACUAAAUUUGAUGUGACAAGACAAUGUACUAUUUUGAAUAGUGAAUUUAAAAUGUUCUGUUGGGUCAAAGGAGUCUAUAUGUACGGAUACCUCUAAAAGAGGCAGUGGUGGUUAAUGAAACCUUUUGAGUACUGGGGUUCAUUUCUAGAGGGAUAGAUUUGAAAAGCAGAGAUAUUUUGCAACUUGUAUCGAAUCAUGAGUAAACUAAUUAGAGUAUGGUGCACUAUCAUGAUCUUUAUAAAAGGAUGUAGAGAUACUGGAGACUGCAAAAAAAAACUUCACCAAAGUGCUAACAGUAGGGAUAUGGUACUUCUGUUAGGCCUCUUAUUUUUCUGCCCCCUCCCCCCCCCCCAAUAAGUGAAGACUUACGUUGGUCUGACGUGUCUGUUUGUGGAAGUUUUUAAUGGAGAAGUUGUGGGGAAAAGAUUUGCACUGAGGGAGUCCAAAUCUAAGUGUGAUAAAUAUAAGACAGUCGCUAAUUAGUAAGCAAUGUAGGGAAAAUUUUUGUCCAGAGUGGUCAGACUGGAAUGUGCAGCCAGAAGUUGUGGUUGCAAAUAGUGUGGAUGAGUGUUGAAAGUACAUGAGGAGAAAAGAAUAGAAGGAUAUGGUGACCAAUCAAGAAGAUGGGAGCAGUUUGUGUGGAGUCUAAACAUCAGCAUAGUUUGAGGCCUUUUUCUGUGUUUAUAAGUUUUAUGUACUGUAAUUCAAUGUAACCCAGUUGAUUGAUAUGAUUAAAAUCGGUCUGAAAUAUGGUUAUUGUUGGAACUGUUUUGCUAAGAAUGGAUCAUGCAAACAAAUGAUGCCAUACAGUUUAUUUUAAAAUGAGUUCCCCAGAAUAUAAUUUAUCAUUUCAAUCCUCCUGUAUAGCAUUGAAAAAUACUUCAAUUUUUUUAAACUGACUCCACCUAUUGUCAGAGUCCUACCCUACUUUUCAGUUUUCAAAACAAUUCUUUUGUAAAUGUGCAAUCGUUUAAAAUUCUGUAACUUUAUUUGGUGACUGAUUACUCAGCACAUCAGACAGUGUCUCAGGAAUUCCAAAACUAAUGUCUAAGCCAAUUUUCUCCAAGUUGGUUGAUUUCCUUUUGAUCUAUUGCUAAAAUAUAACUUCUAGAAUACAGGGAAAAGCAAAACCUUCAGCUCUUCCACAUGAGGAACCAUGUCAUAUUUAGCAUUGUCUUCUGAAGUCUUCAUUUAUGUACAUGAAAUAAAACUGGUUCCAACCUGUAAUGUACCUUCAGAAUUUUAUUUCAGGCUGCAAGACUAUUUUGUGGGUGAUUUACAUUUCAAACAUCUAGUGCAGGCUGUAACUUGUUAACUCAGAUUUCAAAUGGUUGAUUAGUUUUUUUGUGUUCUUUGAAUUUGUGAUUGACAGAAAUGUAAUGCAGAAACCAAAAUUUACUGUUCAUAUUUGUGUGUAACAAUCAAGCUGAUCAGUUCUGAAUGCAUUUAGGCUGAUUGUCAGAGUUGUCAUUUUUGCAGCUGUUUGUACCUUUUAAUGCAUUGAAAGCCAAGAAUCUGAUGAAAUAAACACUUAAUUGUGUAUUUUAUAAAUUAUUUGAUUAUGCAGUGGUCCUGUUAAACAAGUAUUGAUUAUUUUGAUUGCAAACUUAGUUUCAAGUAAGCUUAUUAAAUAACUAAGAUUUUUGUACAGGUCAAAAGCUUCUGUGUUACCAUGUUUGGAGGAAUGCUAUAAGAUGAGUAGAGAAAACACACACCAGUUAAUACCAUGUAGGAAAGUGGACAAAUUAACGGAAGAAAUCUCUUCAAUUGCAAUGCCUUAGAGUCUGGGGUGUCACUGCAUUAUGUAUUUAAAAUGUGAAGUUAUAAAACAUGCUACUCUACUGUUUCGCUGUUAGCUAUUAUUUCCCUUAGUGAUUCACAUAUUUUACAUUUAUUGUAGUGGGUAUCAGAUUUUGUAAACAUUUGUUAAAAUCCAUGGUGUGGAAAUAGACCAUUUUAUAUAGUCCUAAAUUGGCUUACUCACUUCUACCUUGCUGUGCCCAGUAUACAUGAGGAUAAUUCAGUCAUUAGAUGCUUUCCUAAUCAAAGUCCCCAUGAUUCGUAUUGAGUGCAAAAUGAAAUAACAUUGAAGAAAUUGUAUUUAGUGUUAUACAGCAAUGUCCAGAUACACAUUCACCGUGAUUACUUUUCUGUAAAGCGUAGAUCAAAUUUGGGAUCUUUGCUUCAAGUAAACAUUCCACUUUGAAUAGCAGAUUUUGUAGUGAUUGGAAUAGUGGCAAUUUUAAAGUGUUUUAUUCAAUGCUAGGAAAAUGUCAUUAGCAUGUUUUGAGUGCGUGUGUGCGCGUGUGUGGCUGGAAUGUUACAAAAAUGUUUAUACAAUUCAGAACAUUGUUGACUUGAAUGUGACUUAGGUGAAGUACCAAAAUGCAGUACUUCUGGUAGUAGACAACACAGUAGUGUGAUACCAUAUUCAGAAAUGUCUCAAAUUAUUUUAACAAGAAAUUCAAUUUCUCAGUAAAUGUCCAACCAUUUCAAAAGAUACCAGUCUUGUUUGUUUUCUGGUACAGAUUUUUACAUCCACCUAAGCCAAUUCACUGAUUUUGCUUUUUUGUUUUUUGUUUCUAGACAAAAUAGGAUGGAUUAAGUUUUAUUGUUUGUACAAUUGCACUCUGCCUUUGAGAUUGUGAAAUUUGAUAUUUCUGUUCUGUAUUGCCUAAUUAAAAAGGGAUUCUGUCUUAAGAUUUGAAAGACAGUGCUAUGAUGUGCCAGCUGUUUUUUUUCUUAAAAAUGAAACCCCUAGGUCCUUUUCAAAAAAAACUGAUUUUUAAAAAAGUAAAUGUCAGCUUUGUGGAAGUGCAUGUUUUGAGGUGGGUCAGUUUAAUAUUAGAAUUAAUUUGACUACUUGUUAAGUACUUGUCAUAAUUCUGACUCAUCAUUAAUUAACCAAAAAUAUUUUGUUAAAAUGUCAUCUUAUUCCAUUUAAAGUAUCUCACCCCUUUCUAGAUUAUUUGGGGAUAAAUAGGCUUGACUACAAAGAAAACCUUAUUUAAGCUGUUUGAAUUAACUGUUUCAACUUGUCUGAAAAUGUGGGUCUUCCGAUCAGACCAUGUAGCAUAUUAAUAUCAAAACUACCACUGUGAAACUUGUUGGCUGUGUGUGCUUUCCACCAACAUAAUUAUUUGCAGUGCAUUGUUCUAUUUCAGGAUAUCAAAUAAAAUCCAGCUUAAAAAUUUGACAAAAAGUGAAAAGAUGUACAUAAGUAU